UUCCUAUUCCACGAGUCAAGUUUCCAAGAAGAGCUUCAAGUGAUCAGAAGCCAGCAGAUCUAAGAGUUCAAAUGAUGGAAGAGCUCUCUCGCCGUGUUUCAUUCGCUGGCGAUAACGAAGACGCUCUCCAUUGCUAUAAACCUUCGUCUCUAGUGCCAGACUUAUUAAAGACUUUGCCUCAAACCAAACGUCAAGGCGUUGUUUAUAUUCCCUCUGGUACAAGAAGUACAACUUUGGAUCCAGAUAGUAUUCGUGACCUGUUGAGCUGGCACGAGGCUGAGAGGAAGCGCUUAAAAGCUGAGUUAGAAGGGUUACCACAAGCCCAGUGGGGAGAAAAACAGGUGCUGAUUGAUAGGAACGACGCCAAUAAAGUUCUUCAAUCGAUGAUGAAAAUAAUGGAAGAAAUAUUCACCGGAACAAUAAUGCGUUUCAUGGGUUCAGGAGAACCAGUUUCUAACGCCGACCCAACAGGAAAUGAAGAAACAAAACAGACAGAAGUGUGUCAAAUAAAGGAGGAUGAUAUCGAUGAACCUGAUUCUCAAGUUGAAGCAGUUAAGCGGGGUAAAGAUCUCAAGCUACAUACUGAUGCCCGCGAUUUACCAGUAAGCGGUAGCACAGAAACCUUGUCGAGUCAAUCAACUGCUGAACUUUUCUCAUCAGCAUCGUCACUGACGGGAAUAAGCUUUUCCUCUUCCAAUGACGCUUUCGGUAUUUGUGAUCAAUUAAAAGGUGGAAGAGCCGGUGCUACUAUGAAAGACAAAGCCGCCGACAUGCCAACCAACAGCAGCAACCUAGAGUGUCGGUCAGCAAGUCUGGAGGACGCUCUAGAAUGUGCGGCUUCCAGUGCUUUGCCACGUGUCAACGGAUAUGAGUCAGUGCUUUCAUCACAUAUUUUAGCAUCAGUAGCUAAAGCUGAAGCGUUAGAUAACUAUAAACUUGCUAGAAUGGAGAGCACCGAACUUCCUCUUGGAGUCAACCAAGGAAACGUAAUGAAAGGCAUGCUAGUGACUGAUGUGGAAGUAUCAAGUAAACAAUUUCCAAAAUCUUUAGAGGCUUCUGAAGAAACAAGUUUCUGUUCUAAAACGAGAAUCAACUGUUUUGACGCAAUAGAAAAACCUAGAGAAAGCAUUAAGCAAAAUAGUGAUUCUGGAACCAUUGAGAGGUACGAUGAGAAUCAGAUUCGAAAGCUUCAAGCGGCUCUGCAAAAGGAAACAGAAUCCGAGGAUCUGUUGAAACAAAGGCUGGUGUCCUUAAAAAACGAACUGAACAGUGCCGUGAAUAAUUCGGAUUACUGGUUCAAUCAAUGCGUUGAGAAAAGAGAGAAAAUCAAAGAGCUCCUUAUUAAUGCCCGAGAAAUGAACACGUCCAACUUUGAAUUGCGCCAAGAGAUCAAUAACAAGUCUAGAACUAUACACGAAAAGGAUCAGGAAAUACAAAGACUCACAGAGAGCAAGACCGAAACGGAGAUGCUGCUGCAGGAAGUGCGAGAGAAUCUUUUCAAAUCUAAUGAAGAAACAGAACGUCUCAAAAUGUUUAUAAGGAAAUUUAACAAAGAGAAGUUACGCACUGUACAAACCGACCAGCUCCCCCUGUUUAAAGCGUUAAAGCCCAUUACUUUAUACGAAAAGGCAUUGGAAGGUUACAAGAGUAAGAAUAACGAAAAGGAACAUUUUUAUACAACUCAUAAAGGAACGGAAAGCGAUAAGAUUUCUAGUGGCAAUGAAAAGGUCUUGUCGAGUGAAGUUAAAAACUCUAAGUAUCACUUUGGUCCCAUUAGUUCUCACAAUGUCGUUACAAGGCCACCAAACACGGGUAAUGCCUCAGUAUGUGGCAAUAAGGUGAUAAGUAAAUCUCGCAUUCGAGAUGAAAAUGGGGGAAAAGAUCUAUUUGGAGCAUCUUUGUCAAAUAAACCCUCCUCGUUACGGGACAGUCCAAUGUUGAACGAUCCAGAGAAAACUAAGAGGGCCAUAAGGGAAUGGCUUAGCAAAGUUAUCAGACAGGCAAAGGCGAAAUUGUCAAGAGAGCCGAAGUCGGUCAGUUUCAGUGAAGAUACUAACGCAGAUGGAAGCUUGAAACGUGUUGCAGAUGAAAAGGACGGCGCGAGAAGCUCACUCAGAGAAGUCGUAACUUCGUUCAAGGAGAAAAUCUCAAAGGAUGUUCCACGACUCCAAAAGAAACACAAGAAAAAUAUGCCUAGCUACUCAAGAGUUCCGAUAACUAGCGAACACGACAGACAGGAAACUCAGAGAUCCAAGGAAAGUGCGCCAAAAGGAUGCUAUGACUGGAAUCGAAACGAUACAAAGAUUGAUAAUAGACCUUUUCCUCUCGUGCCCAUGGAUAAAAGGGACGACAGCCUGGUAAAACUGGCCGCUGAUGUCUCAACAGAUACAUUUGACAGUAUUGAGCCCUUUGCCAAUUUUGAGUCAACUGACGUUUUAUCGGCUGAUAGCAUAGAUUCUAUCGAGCCAUUUUGUGAAGUGCUCAUUCCUUGGCAGAAUUCUGAAGACGCUGGAAUAAAGCAAACGAUAGAAGCAUUCAAACGAUCAGUUACAAUAACCAAACAACAUCCUGACAAGAAGACCCAUCUUGGUAAAUUCCUCUUAGCAAAAGGUGCGGAGAGCAUUACUCUCGAAGAAAAGAAAACAGCAGCGCAGACUGCAGUACCCACAGCUGGCUCAGAGGAAUUGGUAAUUCGCAAUAUAAAAGGCUGUUCUUUGAAGAGAGUUCAUCCAGAACGAAAACCCAAGCAAGGGACAGAGGAGAACACAGCUAACACAGACCAAACCUCUGUUAUUAAAAUGCGACAAGAGAAACCACUAUUAGACAGAAACGUCGAACCUUCUAUCUACAACAGGCAAUCAUUUCAAAAAGAAAACAGAAGUCCAAAGCGGAGCAUACUGGCUAACUAUGUGCAAUCAUCAUCUGGCCCGGCACGCACACUCAGUGAUUCGGUGGAUGGAACACAGCGACAUUACUCGCUUGGAUUCGUUACGGGUACAAAUAAGGUUGUGCCAUUUUCAAAUGAAUUAAGCAUCGUUGAAAGGGACAUCGAGCGUUUGAUAGCUAAGCUGGAUUUCCAAACGAAAAACUGUACUAAAUUCCCAAGGAAAUGGCAGAGUUCGCGAGAGAAGGUUUUACAGUUGAAAAUAAAUGAUUCCAAAUUAGAAUCCUCGAGUGGGAGUAAAAUAACUCUUUCUAAUAACAAUGGUUUUAUCGACGCUAUAACUGUUGAAAUUAAGCUAAACAAGGAGCAGCUAAUGAAUGAAUUCGUGGAUGGAAAAAUGAUAAACUCACAGCAACCACAGGAGGAAAAUACGACACUGAAAGCUGGAAAAGAAACACGUUUGACCACAAAUAAGCGUUACAUGCCAGACAGGCUCAAACAACUCGCUCUCCAAAGGUUGAACCAGCAAAGAAAUGAGACGUCGGUUCCAUUUCUUUGUGAGAAGCAAGAUAUCAGUGCUGAUGGGUGCGAACAGAUAAACAGCUUUGACACAGAGUUCACACAGCACAGGAGAAUUGACACCCAACGUUGGAUCAGCGACUUCCUGAAAGGUGUCGGUAGUCUAGAGACAACAAGCGAACUAACUGAUAAUGAUCAAGGUAAAGUCAGAGACAAGAGCGAAGUUGAACAUCAAAAUGGAGAAUCGAAUUCCUUCGCGCCUGGUCCUAACCAGGCACUUCAUGGGGCCUCAAUAAAGCCGACAUUCCCCUUGGUGGGCAAACACAAUAUCAGCAAGCCGAAAACAUGGCAAACUUCCAAAAUUUCAUUAAGUCAAUCUGCUAAAAACGAAUAUUCAAGGCAAGAUAAUCUGGAAACUGAGUGCUCUAAAAAAAACGCUUCGUGUAGUAGUAACAGGGGACAGCAAAGAAAAGCCGAAAGGGAUGUACGAAUUGCAUUGUGGCAAGCAAAGAAUGGAUGUAGUGGAGGAAUGUUGAAAGAAAGAAAUAUUCAAGAUGGCUUGGUUGAAAAGUUUAGUGAAAUUCCCAAAUUAGCAAAGCCCUGGACUAAAGCAAGUCAGUUGGCAGAGCAAACUAGACAAGUUGAAAACUUAUCUAAAGAUCCACAUCUAUUACAUGAUUCCAAGAAAGAGAGAAAAAAAGAUUUCUUGGUUGAGAUGUACAGAUCAGCUCAAGGUGUGCUCAGUAAACAAGCUGAACAGGAAAAAGCAAUUCAGAAAUGUAAAAACAAGGUGCGUUUUAUGACUGAGGAAAUGGAAACACUACAAAGAAAAACUACCGAGCAAGCCAUGUUUGACAAGGAAACAAAGAUGACUUCUGGAAAGUACGUGACAUCAAUUCGCUGAUGUAAUAAAAGUUGCACACUAACCAAGAAAGUAAAACUACAACUGAGUGUAAACUGUAUUAAAUUAAAGAAAUAAAAAUUGGCAUGGAUAUGUACGUUUGACAGGCAAGACAUUGGUCAGUAUAGUUGUAUGUACAAGGACUUCGUCUUUUAAAAGAACUUUAAUUGCAUUUAUAUUCGGCUUGUGGGAAAUAUACAGUUGUUAACUGGUGCAAAUAAAAAAAUACACCUUAAAA